CUCAGUCGUCAGCCAUGGCAGACGAGGAGGAGAGCAAAGUCUGCAGCCACUGUAACAAGGAAGUGGCUCAGUCCAACUUCGGGUUACACGAGCUGCACUGCCGAAGGUUUCUGUGUGUGUGCCCUGACUGUGAGGAGUCGGUUCCCAGGGAGGAGCUGGAGCAGCACAGAAUUGACCAGCACAGCCAGGUGAGGUGUGGCAAGUGCAAGAAAAAGGUGGAAAGCUGCAAGCUGCAGGACCAUGAGGCAGAGGAGUGUGAGGACAGGCUGAAGAGCUGCGACUACUGCCAGCUGGAGCUGCCUUGGAAAAGCCUGGCGGAGCACACCGAGGCCUGCGGCAGCCGGACGGAGCGCUGCGGGGACUGCAGCCGCUACAUCAGGCUGCGGGAUCAGGAGGCCCACGCCCUGCUCUGCUCCCCCACACCAGCGGAGGGCGCCUCGCCUCAGAAAGACAAGAAGAGCACAGCAGCCCACACACGCGAGCUGUGCUUUAACUGCAUGAAGUCUUUCCCUCUAUACCAGCUGAAGGGACACCAGCUGGUCUGUAAUUCUUCAUCGUUCUCUUUCGGCGGCGGAGGUGUCCAUGAUGAAAAGGACCUGGAACCCAAUGUGGAUGUGGCCAGCUUUUUCCAGUCUAGGUCCUUCCUGCGUAACAGAGGACCUACGCAUGACAGAGACGUGGAGGAUGUGAAUGAGAUCAGCACCUGUCCCUACUGUCAUCUGGCCCUCCCUCUGUUUGUGCUGCAGAAGCAUGAGGUUAAAUGUCGGGCAGUUGGAAAUUGGAAAAACACUCUGGUAGAGUGACCAGGAAGAUCAAACAAGAAAGAUGGUGCAGGGAGCCCGUGUUCAUCAGAUGGAUUUGCAGAAGACAGUGGACCUGGACAUAGCAGUGUAUGGGAGCUCUAACAGUAGGACAUGAGACAAAUAAUAUGUCCAAACAGACUUAAGCUAAAUAAUGGACUUUAGAUUAAUAUAACUUUGGAUAUGAGGCAUAAAUGACAUACAGGUAGUCCACCUCUUGGGAUUCGUGUUUACAGAAAUGAUCAAUGUAUACACCAUUUAUAAAAAUAUAAAAAUGCCACCACUGGUUGCUGAGGAGAGAGAGGCUGAGGAGGAAGAAUGAAAAAAGGAGUCACCACAUGCAAGUUAGUGACUGUGGUAAAGUGAAAAACAAAAUAUCUGCAGAAGCAACAGUUUCCUUACCUAGGGCUCUUGUUUUUUUUGGGCUACCUUUAUGAAUCUGUGUGUUUUCUGUCAGAGAACUCUUAUUAAAUCCUUUGAGUGUGUGCAUUGUCCUCCUUGCCCUGUAAAUAAACAGCAAGCCAAAGACCAUGAUGUGCACCUUGCUGUUCUCUGUCCCUUUGUUUAUUUAUACUUACACUGAUACUGAAUCAGGAUUAACCUGCCCAAGGGCCUGGAGGCAUUAGAUGGCAUAAUGAUGUAACAAUAUCAUCUCCUUCUUGACUGAUUCUCCAGCCUUUGA